AUGUCGCCAAUUCCCGAGACUCUCCCGCGAGAGGCUGCUAAGCCCAUGCGAAACUCAACCCCUCGACCAAGUCCGUCCCCUUCGGUGGCUAGCAUAGAACCUGACAAAGACCUCGCUUUGCCAAGUGAGAGCAAUACCGCCAAAUAUCCUGCUUUUCGGAAUAACGACCCUACCUUACACGCCAGCGCCGAAAUUGAUCAGGAUUUAAAGAACAGAAUUGAUAGAAUAGUCGAAGUUUUAGAUAAGAAGCCUACCCAGAAGGAAAGUCUAAUACGUCCUACCCUCCAAGCCCAAGCCCACGACCCUGACGCAUCAACCAUAUUAUGGAAUACUCACUUUCCCACGCGAGAGGCGGGGGAUCCCCAGCGAAAGCUCAAUCCUCGAUCGAUUCCUUCCUCUUCCGUAGCCGAUAUGGAAGAUGGACUCACAGACUUGGCUUUGGCAUCUGAGAGCAAUAUCACUCGAUAUCCUCCAUCUCUUGAUACAGAUUCUACCUUAAGCUUUGAUACCGCUAUCAAUCAACAACUAAUGGCACAGAUUGACUCUAUGGAUUGGCUUCUGGAUAAUACGCCUAUUCAAAUGCCGGGGCUAACACACCUUGCCCUCCAAGCUCAUGAUUUCAACACCGGAGACUCUGGCUACCACCGUGAUCUAGCAGGCUGGUGCUACGGUAAUCUUCUUGAUCGUUUUGAUCACCAUGUCGGACUAGCGGACUCGAUACUCGUCACUAAAAGUUCAAAAAGCCUUGCUGCAUCAUACACUAGCUCUUCGUAUGAUAUGCUCUCCGACAUUGACCCCGCUGCCGACAUGGAUCACGACGUUAGUGGAACAGGCGCAGCUUUUAUUGACAUCCCCGUCCCUGUGCUGGAUGAAUUGCUAGUGCUGGACGACGACCCAGUAAUGGAAGACAACCCAAGCUCCAAGCUCCAAGCAGAAUCUGUGAGACUUGUCGAAGAAGAUCCCAAUGCCCAACCAACCACCAAUUGGAUCCUCGAUAAGGAUACAAACCAGCAAGCAGUGAUUACUCAAGCAGGACCACCGUAUCUCGAGCAUGAAUACCCUGACCUGCGUGAGCAAUACGAGGACGUGGGGCCGCCGCAUCGUCUGUGGAUUGCCAAAAUCUGGUACUGGCUUGCAGCAGUGCUAGAUCCUCCACAAGCGGGGGCUUAUAGAGCAACUUAUACAUGUGUAAGUUCAGAGAUGGCUCAUUUGUAA